AUGCAAGCCUACGGUCGGUAUGAUUUUAAUGCAACGGCCAAUGAUGAACUUAGUUUUCAAAAAGGAGUAGCACUCAAAGUACUCAACAUGGAAGAAGAUAUGAAUUGGUAUAAAGCUGAAUUAAAAGGAAAAGAAGGCUAUGUACCGAAGACUUACAUUGAAAUGGUUCCUCAUCCUUGGUUUCAUGGUACGAUAACUCGUGCUGAAGCUGAAAAAAUUCUUCUUCAAAAAGACACAAAUACUCAACGAUAUCAACAACCUGAUGGCGCGUUUCUUCUCCGAAUGUGUGAAUCAUCGCCGGGUGAUUUUUCGCUUUCAGUCAAAUGUCAAGAUCAGGUUCAACACUUUAAAGUGUUACGUGAUGGUAUGGGUAAAUAUUUUUUAUGGGUUGUUAAAUUCGAUUCAAUUAAUGAAUUAAUUGAUUAUCAUCGCGAGACUUCAGUUAAUCGUGGACUAAAUUUACCGCUCAAAGAUAUGGUUUCCGAGCAAACAUCAUAUAACCAGAAGAAUACUCAAAAAUCAAUGCAGAACUUUCAACCACAAUCAUCAGCUCCACCGCCACCAAUAUCAUCAUCUUCCACCGAUGGUCAAACUUAUGUAGCUGCAUAUGAUUUUCAACCACAAGAAGAAGGUGAAAUCGAAUUAAGACGUGGUGAUCAUAUUGGAAUGUUAGAUCAAAGUGAUGAUAAUUGGUGGAAAGGCGAAGUUCGUGGUAAUAUUGGUCUAUUUCCUGCAACUUAUGUUCGACGUUUGUAA